CGAGAUCCUUCGACGGGACGUGCUCCUUGCCUCGGUAAACCAGCUCAUUUCCGAUGUGAUGAUCAGUCCGAGCAGUUUCUCGAUGCACUUCAAAGGGCUCUCCAGCAAGGAGUCGCUGGUGCGUCAACGUUCCGAGCCGAAGCCGCUUUGGUGGUGACCUGGAAGAAUAUGCGGCCGAAUAUCGGCAGCGAACUUGGUCUCUCCACUUAUCAGCUCGUCUGGAUGUCUGACGCUCAGGGUCUUCUUUCGUACACAAUGAUCAACUAUUACAAGCUCGGCUUCGAUGCUGCUGAUAUGUACGGGAAUUCUCGCUAUCUUCCAAUGGUGGUAAUCACACGGGCUCCGUACAGGUUGAUCUCUCAGAAAUUACCAAGCAACAACCGUCGUCACUCGCUUCGCGAUCCGCGGUACCGCAUAUUACAAGAGGAAGUUCCUCUUCUGAUCUAUCCAAAUAUCGUAACAAUGCUCGGACAGACGAAGGUUGACGUCAAUGGCAUGUGUUUGAAUCCUGCUAUUACCUACGUGCUCAUGAUAGAACAACGA